AUGAGUAACUCUGAACCCAAAAAGUUGUCUUCGCAAGAUUUGGAAGAAGAAAAAUUACAAGCCAAGUUUCCAAUUAUUCCAGGAGCUACAGCUUAUGGUGAUUCAGGUCUAAACAAUGCUUUUUUGCAAAGAAAACUAAUCAAAAGCCAGCGGAAAUAUUUUGAUUCUGGAGAUUAUCAAAUGGCAAAACAAAAAAUCGACCAAACAGGAAAACCAGUAUUGGCAGUAAAUCCUACAGGUGAUGUGAUUCCUACACCUGAAACUGUACCUGUCCGGAAGACUUCUAAUAUCCAGCAAAAAUUUAAUUGA